CAAUGGCUACAAUUGAAAAUUCUAUAGCGGAUAUAAAAAGUUCUAUUGUAACAGAGGUACCAGCUGGAUCAAAGGUUGUACUGGAAUGUGAUAGCAAUGACUAUCACCAUAAUUUUAUGUUUUGGCUUUUUGACAAUAAUAAAGUCAUAGGACCUGGAAAUGAGUAUGAUGCAAGAAAAUAUAAAUAUGAAGUUUUGUCUGGAAAAUUGCAUAUUGAUAGAGUGAGUCCAUCAGAGUCAGGCUAUUACAAAUGUUUCUCCAAAAACUUGGAUGGUCAUGGUAUAACAGUAGGGGAAGUGGAAAUGAUUGUCAAGGGAUCUACUUUCACUGCAAUUGAUGGUAUAAAGUUAGCGGCCAUUAUCAUAUCUAUACUUGUGAUAAUUGCAUGUGUUGUCAUUUACAUGAGAUUGAGGAAAGAGUGGAACAAAUAUGAUGGACACACUGUCGUACCAGUUGAUGAAGUAGAUGAAGAUGAUGGUGAGGAAGUAUACAACAAGACCACAACCUCUAUAAACCAUCCAGUACCUGGCCCGAGCAGGAAUCCUUCCUCUGAACAUCUCAUGUACGGCAUAGACAACCAAGGUCUAGAUACUGAUUUCAACUCAGUCUUUGAAAAUAUACAAAUCAAGACACCACAAGCUAGCCUAAUCUAAUCAAGACACCACAAGUUAGCCUUAUCUAAUUUCGUUUCCAUGAAAGCAAGUUUAAAUUUAUUAUUAUAUGUUUUGUUACUAUGAGAAAUUAUCAAUAUUCCUUCAAGCCCCAUAAGGACACCGGUGACCG